CGCCGCUGUUCUGAGGCCCAUCAUGGUCUCGCAGCAAACAGGUAGCAGGAAGCGGAAAGCGCCCGUUGAGGAGGCGGGCGCGGGGAGCUCCUCGUCGCAAAGCUUAGCGACAGCGGGGCAAGGAGAGGGGCUCCUGCUGCCCAAGAAGCAGAAGGGGCUGGUGGAGCGUCGCUCCGUGGUGUACUACCUGAAGGGCCGCGAGGUGUGCGCAGGGGGCUGCGCCAAUCUCCGGAGCUUCGAGGGCGAGCUGCGCAGCUACGCGGUGCAGAGGCUGCCCGAGCUGCUGACCGAACGUCAGCUGGCCCUGGGCACCCUCAACAAGGUGUUCGCGUCGCAGUGGCUGAACUCCAGGCAGGUGGUGUGUGGCACCAAAUGCAACACCCUCUUCGUUGUGGACGUGCAGACCGGCCGUAUCACACACAUCCCCUUGAUGCAGGACAAGGUUCCUGUCCUGGCCCGCCCAGAGAUGCCCUCAGGCAUCCAUGCCAUCGAGCUGAAUCCCUCCAAGACGCUGCUGGCCACCGGGGGCGAAAACCCCAACAGCCUAGCAGUCUACCAGCUGCCCACCCUAGACCCUGUGUGCCUGGGCGACCAACAUGGCCACAAGGACUGGAUCUUUUCCAUUGCAUGGAUGAAUGACACUGUGGCCGUGAGUGGCUCUCGGGAUGGCACCAUGGCAUUGUGGCAAGUGGAUCCUGACAUGUUCAGUGGCAGUACUGCCUGGCACAAGGGCGGGCAACUUCCAGCUUAUGCCCACAUCAGUCCGAGAGACAUUGAGGUGAUUCCCAGAGCCAGCAGCAACCCUGGUAAUCGGAAAGUACGAGCCCUGGCAUUCAGUAGCAGGAACCAGGAGCUGGGAGCUGUGUCCUUGGAUGGUUACUUUCACCUGUGGAAAGCGCAGAACAAUCUGUUCAGGUUGUUAUCCAUCAGGCUGCCCUACUGUCGAGAGAACGUGUGCUUGACCUACUGUGAUGAGCUAGCCCUGUAUGCCGUCGGCUCCCAAUCACAUGUGUCCUUUCUGGAUCCACGCCAGCGUCAGCAGAACAUCCGGCCCCUGUGCUCCCGAGAGGGUGGCACAGGUGUGCGCUCGCUGAGCUUCUACCAGUACAUUGUGACGGUGGGCACAGGUCAUAGCUCCAUACUCUUCUAUGACAUCCGUGCACAGAAAUUCCUGGAGGAGAAGUCUGUUCCCAGCUUGGAUUCCUUUCCUGGGCCUGCAGGGAGGAAACUCAAACUCAUCUGUGGCAGAGGCUGGCUCAACCAUGAUGACCUCUGGAUGAAUUACUUUGGUGGCAUUGAGGAGUUCCCCAACGCACUCUACACCCACUGUUACAACUGGCCUGAGAUGAAGCUGUUUGUUGCAGGAGGUCCUCUCCCUUCUGGCCUCCAUGGGAACUAUGCAGGCCUCUGGAGCUGAGGAUCCUGACCUCAUUUUCAAAGUGAACAAAUUUGUCUUUCAUUUCAGUUUAAAUUUCUUCACUUUUAAGUUAGGCUUGUAACUCUGUGUGUCUUUUGUGUUCCAGGUGGCAUUGUCUUAACCUACCUGUUCUUAGUGUGUUAGGCAUUGACAUAGUCAGAAAGGGACACAGAAAGACAGUGAACAGAGCUGGUACUUUUGGCAGUAAAAAUUUGACUUUAAAUCCAGUCCUAGUGAUGCAAGUCUAUAAUCCCAGUACUCUAGGAGCCCGAGGCAGGAGGAUCCCAAAUUCAAAUCCUGUGCAAUUUAA